AUGGACGGAAUUUCUGCGAUGACGUCACCAGUGACGUCUAAUUACAACUACAGUUACACAAACACAGAUAGCGCGGCGGCACAUUGUUACCGUUGGCCCGGCACAAUGGGAACGCGCACCGCACUUAAUAGACGGUUUAUUAGAUCGAUACGGACGCCGUCGUUCAAUGGAAACUCGGUUCGGCGUAACGUGUCACUCCUUCCGGAAUGCACGCUGCGCUUCCCCUCGACGAAUAUACGUCUGGAGUUCCAGUCGCUGGUGGAGGAGAGCGGGGGCGGCGCCGCCGGAGGCUCGGGCGCCCCCCUGCCCCCCCUGCGCAUCACCAUACCGGUGGACAGCGACGCGCGGAGCCCUGCGCCUUCGCCCACCGGCACGAUAAGCGCGGCCAACAGCUGCCCCACGUCGCCGCGGGGCGCAGGCUCCUCGGGCCGGCGGCACGCGGACCUGGGGCUGGUCGCGCACUACGCCGCCCUCGCCGAGCACCAGCGGCCAACGUCCAAUGGGACGGCGGCCUCGUCCGCCGCCUCGGACACGGGGUACAGCUCGCGCGAGCCGCGCGACGCCCGCGAGCACCGCGAGACGCGCGACGACGCGAAGCCGCCGUACAGCUACGCGCAGCUGAUCGUGCAGGCGGUCGCCUCCGCGCCCGACAAGCAGCUCACGCUGAGCGGCAUCUACAGCUACAUCACGAAGCACUACCCUUACUACCGCACCGCGGACAAGGGCUGGCAGAACUCGAUCCGGCACAACCUCUCGCUGAACAGAUACUUCAUAAAGGUGCCGCGCAGCCAGGAGGAGCCUGGCAAGGGCAGUUUCUGGCGCAUCGACCCCCAGAGCGAGGGGAAGCUCAUCGAGCUCGCGUUCCGGCCCCGCCGCCCCAGGGGCGUCCAGUUCCGCGCCCCCUUCGGACUCUCCUCGCGGAGCGCGCCCACUUCGCCGUCGCAGGUGGGCGUUUCGGGCCUCGUGACCCCCGAGGAACUGUCCAGGGAGCCAACGCCCGAUCUGUUCACCGGCGAAGAGACCGAACAGCAGACGAGCCAGCAGCGGCUGAGCAACAACAGCUCCGGCGGCAGCAACAACAACAACGGCGGCGGCCAGUCCUCGCAGUAUCUGUUCCCGCAGCGCAGCGGCGUCAGCCAGAGCGCGCCCGGCUCGCCAGGUCACGGGCUGUCGUAUAACGCUAGCGGAAGUGGAUUGGUGAUGACCGUCGUCACAAACGGUGCCGGGGGCGAAAGAGAAGAGAAGUACGUGGUGGGGACGGGGGCCGGAGGGCUGGUCUCGCUCCAAGAGGAGGACGCGCCGCCAGCGGUGCUGCUCCACCACUCGCCCUACUACUCCGGGGGCUAUGGCGGCGGGGAGGAGGGGUGCGCCGCUCUGGGCGGCGAGCUCGUCAUCGAGGAGGCGCCAGACGAUCCGCCCCACAAGCGCGCCAAGCACCACCACAUGUCCGACAUGGAGGAGAGGCGCGCGUAU